AUGAACACACCCUCGAAGCUUACGACAUCUAAGACAACGACAUCUAAGACAACAACAUCUAAGACAAAGACCUCUAAGACUAAGACCACUAAAACCACGACAUGUAAGACGACGACCAACACGUCGGGCCAUACCGUGACCUACAGCGAGAAGCGAUACAAAUGCGAUAAAUGCACGAAAACCUACGGUCGCGACCGUCAACUCAAACGACAUCAGAAGUGCCGACACGGCGUACGCCGGCCCUACCGGUGCUAUUGGGACGGCUGCGAACGCCGGUACCCCAAAGAGUCCCCACUAGCGGCACACAUACGGGACAAACACCGCCCGCGUAUCUAUCGCUACCGGUGCCGAUACGGACAGUGCGAGAGGCGGUACGAGUCCGAGCGGCUGCUGAAUCUGCAUCGGCUUAGAGCCCACGACGUGGACCACCCGUACCGGUGCCGUCUCGAGCCGUGCGGCGUUACCGACGAUAUGAUUGGCUACGCGACCAAGGGUUUGCUGAGGCAGCACGAGAUAGCAAAGCACUAUCCGUACGCGUGUCAUAACAAGGGCUGCAAUUGGGCGUCCGAUACGCCGGAAAAGUUACGCCAACACCGGCUCCGGUGUUGGUAUCGGUCCGCCGGACAGGACAUGGCCUCCGCUUUCAACUGGUCCUACAGGUCCGAAGACAGUACUUAUGUGUGCAAUGUUUGCAGCGAAAAGUAUACCAAUUAUUCAGAACUGGAGAGCCAUAUGUCCCGUUCCCACAAACGUGACGAUAAGCGCGCGUCGGCCGCGCGGGACAGCCCAUCCACGGCCACCGCCGCCGCCCCGAUGUUCAACAAAUCCAAUAACGAUUCAACCGCCGAUGUAUUGCCAAUGAAUGACAUAUCGGUGCCCAACGAUACUGACAACACAACCGGCACUUUCAUUAACGACAUACCGGUGCUCAUCACGGAAAGGGCUGAUCCAUCGCCCGUACGGCCUGUUCUGGACCUCUUAAAGCCGGUGCUGACGCCCAUACCUACUGACAGUGAACGCAGCGCUGAUAACACUAUAACUAACACUAUUAGCAAUGAAUGUUCAAUGAGUGGCGAAGCGUCCAAAGAGUGGGAUAAUCAGCCAUCGAGUGGCCACAGCGACGUUGACAGCGCAGGCACUGGUCGUCCAACACAUACCUCACAAUCGCAACCGCUAUACAAAUGCGAUGAAUGCGACCAAACGUUUCUGUUUGCGGCCAAUCUGGCCGACCAUAAGGCCUGCGCCCACUCGACGACCCGCCAGUACGGCUACGUGUGCCGCCCGUGCGAACACGUGUUCGCCAAUCAGGCGCUGUUGGAUAUACACGUGCGGGACAUACAUGUGAUGCUUAAAAACACUAAUAAUGACAACUUGUUUCACAAUAGUAUAUGUGCGCCGAAACGACCGCCCAGUGCCGCCCCUGGCCAUCCGGUCACGUCCUGUCCGCCGAUUAUCGAUCUCGACAGCGAUUCCGCACCUGAAGACUGCGCUUUUAGUGACGGGCCGUUCGACGCGUCCACCGAUGAUAGCGCUGUCACCGAUACUACCGAUUCCGAGAGCACCGGCACAUCCCAUGACAGCACAUCCCUUGACAGCACAUCCCAUGACAGGUUGUCCAUCACCACCACCAGUGCCGCCGCCAUCAUUGAGAAUACUGUCACCAAUACUACCCUUGCGAUCGCUGAGCCAUCACCGAAGCGCUGGACAAACGUAUGCCGCGACUGCGAUAAAUCAUUCAAAAGGCUUGAAGACCUGAACCAACACAGACACGGUGUCCACUCCGUGCCGCAGCCGUACCGGUGCUCAGACGAGGGCUGCGGCAAAAGCUAUUACACAAAGUGGCGGCUCAAGAGCCACCGUCGCGAACACAACUCGCCCAACAAGUGUCACCUGUGCUACAAGUGGUUACGGCGACCGCUGGAUCUCAUUCGUCACAAUCACGCCGUUCACCACUUGCCGUUGCCCUACCCGUGCGAUUAUGAC